AUGUCACUUUCAGAUAAAGAAUUAUAUGAAUUAAAUAAGAAAGCAGUAACACAAAAUUUUAAAAUUAAACCAAGAAUUAAUUAUAAUACAGUACAAGGAGUAAAUGGACCAUUAGUUAUAUUAGAUCAUGUAAAAUUCCCAAGAUUUAAUGAAGUUGUUAGUUUAACAUUACCAGAUGGUACAGUAAGACAAGGUCAAGUUUUAGAAAUUAGAGGUUCAAAAGCUAUAGUUCAAGUUUUUGAAGGUACUUCAGGAAUUGAUGUUAAAAAGACAAGAGUUGAAUUUACAGGAGAAAAUUUAAAAAUUCCAGUAAGUGAAGAUAUGUUAGGUCGUAUUUUUAAUGGAUCAGGUAAAGCAAUUGAUAAAGGUCCAAAAAUAUUUGCAGAAGAUUAUUUAGAUAUUAAUGGAUCACCAAUAAAUCCAUAUGCAAGAAUUUAUCCAGAAGAAAUGAUUAGUACUGGUAUAUCAGCAAUUGAUACAAUGAAUUCAAUUGCAAGAGGUCAAAAAAUCCCAAUUUUUUCAGCUUCUGGAUUACCACAUAAUGAAAUUGCUGCUCAAAUUUGUAGACAAGCAGGUUUAGUUAGACCAACAAAAGAUGUUCAUGAUGGUCAUGAAGAAAAUUUUUCUAUAGUAUUUGCAGCAAUGGGGGUAAAUUUAGAAACUUCAAGAUUUUUCAAACAAGAUUUUGAAGAAAAUGGUUCUUUAGAAAGAACUUCAUUAUUUUUAAAUUUAGCUAAUGAUCCAACAAUUGAAAGAAUUAUUACUCCAAGAUUAGCUUUAACUACUGCUGAAUAUUUAGCUUAUCAAACAGAAAGACAUGUAUUAACUAUUUUAACAGAUAUGUCAUCUUAUGCAGAUGCAUUAAGAGAAGUUUCAGCUGCAAGAGAAGAAGUUCCAGGUAGAAGAGGUUAUCCUGGUUAUAUGUAUACUGAUUUAUCAACUAUAUAUGAAAGAGCAGGUAGUGUUGAAGGUAGAAAUGGAUCUAUAACACAAGUUCCAAUUUUAACUAUGCCAAAUGAUGAUAUUACUCAUCCAAUUCCAGAUUUAACUGGUUAUAUUACUGAAGGACAAAUUUUUGUUGAUAGACAAUUAAAUAAUAGAGCAAUUUAUCCACCAAUAAAUGUUUUACCAUCAUUAUCAAGAUUAAUGAAAUCAGCUAUUGGUGAAGGUAUGACAAGAAAAGAUCAUGGUGAUGUUUCUAAUCAAUUAUAUGCUAAAUAUGCUAUUGGUAAAGAUGCUGCUGCUAUGAAAGCUGUUGUUGGUGAAGAAGCUUUAUCAACUGAAGAUAAAUUAUCAUUAGAAUUUUUAGAAAAAUUUGAAAAAAAUUUUAUUAAUCAAGGUGCUUAUGAAAAUAGAUCAAUAUUUGAAUCAUUAGAUUUAGCUUGGUCAUUAUUAAGAAUAUAUCCAAGAGAAAUGUUAAAUAGAAUUAGUCCAAAAAUAUUGGAUGAAUUUUACGGUAGAGAUAGAGAUCAAGAUGAUGAUGAUGAUGAAGAAGAUGAUGAUGAUGAUGAUAAAGAUGAUGAUAAUAAGAAGAAAGAUUUAAUUGAUGCUUAG